ACAGUUUCUCCGCAUUUGACAUUUGAUUUGACGCUGACGUUUGACGCAAUUAACUGUGACAAAAGUUCAGCUCAGCACCAGCACCUCCCAUCCAUGUAUGAUCCAGUUGAAAUUUUUGUUAAUUUUAAAUUAAUCAUUAUUUAUUAAGUAUUUAAAAUGAUAUUACUCGACAUAAAUAACAGGGUAGUUGAGGAAACAUUAACAGUUAAAAUAAAAAAUUCUCAAACAGGAUUAAAAAAUGAAAGCAUUGAUAUAACAGUAGCUGAUUUUGAUGGAGUGUUAUAUCAUAUCUCUAAUGUAAAUGGUGAUAAGUCUAAAAUAAGAACUAGCAUUUCAUUGAAAUUCUACAAGCAAUUACAAGAGCAUGGUGCAGAUGAACUACUGAGGAGGGAAUAUGGAUCACAUUUGAUAACACCUGAGCCUGGUUAUAAUGUUUCUGUGUUGUUAGAUUUAGAAGACAUCCCCCAAGAUUGGCAGGGUUUUGUUAAGAAACUAGGAUUAUUGAAGCGAAACUGCUUUGCAUCAGUAUUUGAAAAAUAUUUUGACUUUCAAGAAAAGGGAGAUGAAGGUCAGAAAAGAGCUGUGAUUCCAUAUAGGGAUGAUGAGACACUUUAUGUAGAGGCGAAAGCCGACCGGGUAACAGUAGUUUUUUCAACUCGGUUCAGAAACGAAGAUGACGUCAUUCUCGGCAAAGUCUUCAUGCAAGAGCUCAAAGAGGGCCUUCGAGCUUCGCACACUGCACCUCCUGUUCUUUUCAGUCAUCGGGAGCCCCCAAUGGAACUUCAAAAUACCGACGCCAAGGUGGACAACAAUGUGGGUUACGUAACGUUCGUGCUCUUCCCGAGACACACGUCCAAGGCCACCCGGGACAAUACCAUCAAUCUAAUUCACAUGUUCCGACACUACUUGCACUAUCACAUCAAGUGUUCCAAAGCUUACAUCCAGAGCAGGAUGAGGGCCAAGACUUCGGAUUUCCUGAAGGUGUUGAAUAGGGCGAGGCCAGAAAAGGCGACGGAUAAGAAGACAAUGAGUGGAAGGGUAUUUGUCAGAAGGGAUUAACAUGAAGAGGAACAUAGUGAAAAAU